AUACGACGAUCUCCGGCUUCAUCCGACGAAUGACAGGAUACCUUGGGAUGACCUUCUUGAGAUGCGACAAGCUAGUCGUGUUUGCCUGCCGAAGCCGUGCGACAACCUGACAGUGUAUUCUGGUUUUAUUCCCGUUGACGAAGAUAAGUUUUCCUACCUGUUCUUCUUGCUCAUCAAAGCCACGAAGGAACCACGGAGAAAACCUAUCCUGCUCUGGCUGCAAGGUGGGCCCGGAAAAUCGUCGCUCUUCGGCCAGUUUCUUGAAAAUGGACCGCUGGGUAUCAACUCUACUGGAGGACUCUAUUACAGGCAUCACACUCUGGUCGAACAGUUCCACAUUAUAUAUCUGGAUCAACCCGUAGGAUCUGGAUUCAGUUUCAACGAAUAUGACGAAUAUCCCACAACGCUUGAUGAGACAACAACGCACGUCAUGAGAUUCGUAAGGCGGUUGCUGAGACUUUGCCCUGAAUACCAAGGACGAAGUUUGUACAUCGCUGGAGAGUCUUACGGAGCUGUUUCCACUCCCAGCGUGACUCAGGUAGCAAUGGGCAGCUGGAGAUUGCGGACAGUCAAUGUGUUAUUCAUAUGCGUGUACAUUUUGUGCGGAUGUGACGGGAAUCCAACGCGAGAUCCGUGCCUCUACCUCCAGAAUCACAUAACUCCGGACGAUCUUGUGCUGCGAGCAACUAGCGACCGUGUGAGUUCCAGAAGACUGAAGAUAAUUAGGCAAAGCAGCCGUGUGUGCUUGCCGGAGCCCUGCGACAAGCUGGAAGCCUAUUCUGGAUUUAUUCCAGUUGACAGCGAAAGCGAUUCGUCGUAUUUGUUCUUCUUGCACAUCAAGUCACCAAGCCGAUCGAACGCAAAACCACUCCUCCUGUGGAUACAAGGUGGACCAUGGAAAUCUUCCUUAUUCAGCCAGUUCCUCGAAAAUGGACCCCUCGGCAUUAACGCCACCGGUGGCCUCUACUACAGGAACCACAGCCUGAUAAAGGACUUCAACGUAAUCUUCCUCGAUCAGCCUGUUGGAUCGGGAUACAGUUUUGACGACAAUGACCGAUACCCUGCGACUCUUGAUGAAGCAUCAGAGCAGGCCCUGACAUUCCUCAAGCGAUUUCUGAGAAUCUUCCCGGAGUACAAGCGGAAGGACUUCUACAUUGCAGGAGAGUCUUACGGAGCAAGGUCCGCAGUUGGAGUGGCCUUUAAGGUUCUCAAGAAACAUAGACAAAUCGAACUGAAACUAAAAGGAAUAAUGCUAGGCGUUGGCUUCGUGUUCCCGCUGCUUGAUCUCCUCAACUCGACCGACUACCUCUACUACUCAGGACUGCUGAACGACUUCGGGCGAGCAACGUUUGCCGGAUGGUUCAACAUGAUAAAGGACCUCGUCGAAAAAAGAAACUACUCAAAGGCUGCUGAAGACCUCAGCCAAAUUGUUUUGAACAAGGCGCCGCCAGGCACCUUUCUGCACUUCUAA